CAGAAAAGAAAAAAAGUCAAGCAGCCAACCAGGAGAUUGAGUUUAACAGAAACAGCGUUCAUAUUUUCACCUUCAGAGUUUACUGUCGUUUAAGGAUUUGGUUUUUAAACACGUAAAGCGUCAAGUUGAUCGCGUCUCUGGAAAAAGAAGAUGACUGUAGAGUUUCGUUUUUUUGCUCUCCUGCUGCCUCUCCUGGUGUCAGCGCAGUAUGAAGGAGACAAUGGGAUAAUAAUCCCGGAGCAUGGAUUUUGUCAGCCGAUUUCCAUCCCGCUGUGCACGGACAUAGCCUACAAUCAAACCAUCAUGCCGAACCUGGUGGGCCAUUACAACCAGGAGGACGCGGGGCUCGAGGUUCACCAGUUUUACCCGCUCGUGAAGGUACAGUGCUCGCCCGAGCUGAAGUUCUUCCUGUGCUCCAUGUACGCGCCGGUGUGCACGGUUCUGGAGAAAGCCAUCCCACCCUGCAGRUCCAUUUGCGAGAGCGCCAAGCAGGGCUGCGAGGCGCUCAUGAACAAGUUUGGCUUCCAGUGGCCGGAGCGUCUGCGCUGCGAGAACUUCCCCGUGCACGGAGACGGCCAGAUCUGCGUUGGCCAGAACCAGUCCUCUGCUGCCACCGUGCCCCCCAUCAAGGCUCCCUCGGGGCCUCAAAACAACCCCGUGGUCUCCACAUAUGACAGACCAUUCCACUGUCCCACAGUUCUUACUGUCCCUCCAUAUCUGAAUUAUAAGUUUCUGGAUGAGAGGGACUGUGCAGCUCCCUGUGAGGCAACAAGGAGUGGUGGGAGCCUGUUCUUCACCGACAAAGAUGUUCAUUUCUCCCGUUUAUGGAUCCUGGUGUGGUCUGUCCUUUGCUGUGCAUCGACACUGUUCACGGUAACCACGUAUUUGAUUGACAUGCAGCGCUUUAGGUACCCCGAGCGGCCCAUCAUCUUCUUAUCCGGCUGCUACACUAUGGUCUCCAUCGCCUACAUAACCGGGUAUUUUCUUGGAGACAGGGUGGUUUGCAACGACGGCUUCAGCCCAGAUAGAUACAAAACCAUCGUCCAAGGCACCAAAAAAGAAGGCUGCACCAUCCUCUUCAUGAUGUUGUACUUUUUCAGCAUGGCCAGCUCCAUUUGGUGGGUCAUUCUGUCUCUCACUUGGUUCCUGGCGGCUGGUAUGAAAUGGGGUCAUGAGGCCAUCGAGGCCAACUCUCAGUACUUCCACUUGGCUGCGUGGGCCGUGCCGGCUGUGAAGACCAUCAGCAUCCUGGCCCUGGGACAGAUCGAGGGAGAUGUGCUGAGCGGGGUCUGCUUCGUCAGCAACCUGGACCCCCUACGUGGCUUCGUGCUGGCCCCUCUCUUCAUCUACCUCUUCAUCGGCACGUCGUUCCUGCUGGCCGGGUUCGUGUCGCUGUUCAGAAUCCGCACCAUCAUGAAGCACGACGGGACCAAGACGGAGAAGCUGGAGCGGCUGAUGGUUCGGAUCGGGAUCUUCAGCGUGCUCUACACCGUCCCCGCCACCAUCGUGAUUGCCUGUUUCUUCUACGAGCAGGCCUUCCGUCCCCACUGGGAGCGUAGCUGGGUCAGCCAAAACUGCAGGGGCCUGGGCAUCCCCUGCCCGGCGCAGGCCGGUCACCCCAUGACCCCAGACUUCACUGUGUUCAUGAUAAAGUAUCUAAUGACGCUGAUCGUGGGAAUCACAUCUGGUUUCUGGAUCUGGUCUGGAAAGACUCUGCACUCUUGGCACAAAUUCUAUACAAAGCUGACAAACGGGGGACACGAAGAGACCACUGUGUAGAAUAAGAGACAUUUAAAUGUUGGUAAUUAAUUUCUGUUUUAUUCCUUGUUGUUCAUUGGUAACAUUUUAUAAAAAAUUCGUAUUUGCCUCAGCUUUUUAGAGACACACGGAUGGACUUUUGGAACAAGACAAGCCCGACUGAAUUUGACUCUAAAGUCUUCAUUGCAAGCUAUAAAAUAAAACCUUAAAAAGGUAUAAUGAACUAUAUUUUAUGGUGAAAGAGUUUAUAAACAGUUCUUUUCUCGAUAUAUUGAUAUGUAACGCUGUAAUGGGGGUACGCACUCGGUGUGAACGUAGCACUCGGCUCAGUCAGCGAUAAAUCACAUGGACGUUUGAGUCACGUGACGGACCUACAUAAAGCUGACCAUUAUCUGACAUUAACCAUCAAUAUGUCCAAAAAUAUUAAGGUUUUUGUGAAUGUGCAGUGAAUACCUCUAAAGAACAAAAUAAAAACUAGAUUUUGUUAAUGAACGCCAAAGAGUCAACCAAGGACAUGCCGAAAAAUGUGUUUUAUAAACGGUUUGUGUGAACUUUCAUAAAACUGUAAAUAGAUUUUUGUAAAAAAAAAAAUAUUUGUAUUCAAAGUAAACAUUUUACUAUCUUCUA